AUGGAUAAGGCACUCAAGAAAGAAGAGGAAUCACGACACCACCACCACACGAUUGAGGAUCAAUUCAUUGACGCCGAUAUCAUCAAUGAGCAAAACAAACAAGAGCAGGAGGAACAAGCGGUAGUGGGGCCUCCGGCAGGCGAUGAUUUUGCCCAAGCAUUCGAUACACACGGUGUGGAACAGGCGGCCUUAGAUCAGCAACAAUACCAACAGUUCCAACAGCAGUACCAGCAGCAACAGGCCCAGGUUCACAUUGACCACCACCAGCCCGGUCAGGACCAAGAUCCUCAGGAUGAAAGUGCCGAGGCAAAGAUCCAGCAUCUUAUACCGAAGUACACAGCAGCUGCCAGUAACGAUUUGUCACACUUAAACAUCGAGUAUCACCAUCAACCGACUGCGGCAAGCCAUCAGCAUGUCCUUCACGGUCAUAGCCAUGUAAACACUAUGAGAGUUCCCAGUCACGUGCAACACUAUGUUAUUCCUGCCACCCCAGGAGGACCUAAGGAUAUUCCAAUUCUACCUGAGGACGAUGAAGCAGUUUUUGUGACGCCAUGGAUCCAAGAGAAGGAAUUCGAUGACGUUACUGAAUUGCGCCAGUUUGUGAAAGAGUUUGCUAAACGUAACGAGUUUGGUAUUGCCAUCGCUCACUCCAACAACAAAGCUAUCUACUUCACUUGUGAAUUGGGUGGCUCCUAUCGAGAGAAGAAGCCAAGAAAAGACUCUUCCAACAAGGAUAUUCCUACCAAGAAAGUGGGGUCCAAGAAAAUCAAGUGCCCUUUCUCGAUGGUCGCCAAUUACUCCAAAAAGCAUAACAAAUGGACUCUCAAAAUAAACCAAGCUAAACAUAAUCAUCCUAAACUUGACCCUCUUACGUCCUUCCCUAUGUUGAGGAAAAGAUCCACACAAGUGAACCAGACUAUCAAAGAUCUUUAUGCAAAUGGUGACAAACCUUCAACCAUUCAUCAAAAAUUACGCGAGAUAUUCCCGGAUCUUUUUCUGAAGCGUGAGGACAUCUACAAUGAGAUUCGUAUUCUCAAGAAGCGGAAGCUAGUUCCUUCAUCAGCCGAAAUAAAAUCAAGGAAAAUCCAGUCUGAUGAGACUUCUGUGCUCAGUAACCCUGAUCUCAUGUCGCAUCACCAGAAUCUCAACACUUGGUCUGGCAUCUCUCCUGACCACCACGAUUUGGAGACUAAUGUCAAACUUGCCGCUUAUGCUCAGGAAGCGGCCAAGAGAGAAGCUGAGGUUGCGGCUGCCCAAGCUGCAGCUGUCAUGAAUGCAACCAAACAAGAUUUAGAAGCAGAUGAGACUAAGAUUGACGAACAUUUGAUCAACAUUGACAGCAGGCUACACUGA